UUUAUCAUUUUUAAAUGCAGUACCUCUAUUUUGUAAUAUUUUUCUCAAUAGCAAUUCUUACAUCAUAUUCUUUGAAAUUAGCUGUAAGAAUCAAAAAAUGCACAUUCUACUGUUUGAAAUGAAUCCUUUAAUAAUCAAGUUAACACUAAUAUAACGAAAAAUCAAACCAAGUGACAAUUUCAAGUGUGGUACAAAUUUCUAAAUUCAAAAAAUUAAUAUGUUAUUUUACUUAAUGUUAAUUAUCAUUACUGUUGUAACUAUUGUAGUUCUCGUUUGGUCCGGUUUUAUGUAAGUUAUUUAAUCAUUGUUAUAUUUUCAAUCAAUUUGCUCUCAAGUAUAACCAUAAUUUUCAUUAUGGUUCAAUGACAUAGCCGAGAUAAUACGCAAUUUCAAGAAAUUCUGGUCUCUAGUAUACAAUCAAUUCAACGACAAAUGAUGCUUUUAAAUAAUCAUACUGACAAUGAAGAAUUUAUGCAAUUACCAGAAUUGGAAUUAGUUGAAAUUCCUCCAAAUCAAAUACAAAUUACUAAGUUAUCAAAGGACAAGGAACAAGAUCAAAACUGUUCAAGUUCCAACCAAGAAAAUUCAAAUGAAAAUUGUCAAAGCGGUGACGUCAUCUUUGCAGCUCUUCAUAACUCUUUACAAAAACUAAUGUUUGCUGCCAAUUCAGGACAAGUAAAUGGAGUUCAAUUAUAUGAGAUAUUAUUGCGCGAAACUUCGUUACAUGAGCGUGCUAUAGCUGAAAUUCAGAAAGCUCAACGAUCGACAUCGAAGACGCCAUCGCAAAACUUUGUCGUUCAAAACGGAAGUAGCGACUCUGGUUUCAAAAAUGAUGCUGACUUGCAAAAUGAGCCUGUCAAAGGCGAACCAAAAAUGUACUUUGGACAAUCACCUCUUGAGUAUGUGCCACAUAAUAAAAUUCCAUAAAAUGAAUGAAAAAUAAUACAUAAAAAUAGAAAAAAUUAUGAAAUUUAAUAAAAGAAAAGCAAAAUGUAAUUGAUAAAUAAAUGAUAGUGUUUUUACAAAAGACACUAUCUGACUGACUCUUUUUUUAACAUUAUUUUAAAUAUUAAAAUAUUAAAUAGAUUUUAGAAUUGUAGAAUUUUAAAAUAAUAUGAGCAUAUUACCACCAUAGUUAAUAUAAGUGAAGCGUUGAAGUAGGGAGUGGGGCAUAUGUAUACAAAAAUUCAACACUUGUUUAA